CAGUAGUGUUAGAGUCAACCCAGAACCCAGCAGCACACGGUGACAGCAACCGCCAGCACGUCCUAGCCAUGGAGCAGGUCAUCCAGAGCUUGAAGUCCAAGCAGAUCCCCGUCCUCGAGCCGGGGAACCCCGAGUACAGACACGCCAUCGCCACGUCCAACCUCGUCUUCCGCUUUUGCCGGCCCGAUUUUGUCGUGCAGCCUGAGAAUGCGGCUCAGGUGCAGGCCAUCAUCCGCGAGGCCAAAGCCCGGUCCCUCAAAGUGACCAUCAAGUGUAACGGCCACUCAUACGCGGGCCACUCAACGGCCGACACUGGCAUUUCGCUCGACCUUCGCCGUAUGAAAAGGGUCAAACUCGAUGUCGAAUCGAUGCUGGUCACUAUGGACGCCGGCUGCCAGUGGGGCGACGUGUACGAAACGCUUAUUAUUGGCGGACACGACGGCCUUAUUAUUAACGGCGGUCGUUGCCCAACCGUUGGCGUUAGCGGCUUUAUCCUCGGCGCCGGGCUUGGCCCUUUCACGCGCAGCUUCGGUAUGGGCGCCGAUACGCUCGCCGAGGCCACUGUCGUAACCGCUACUGGCGACCUCGUCACUGUCAGCGAGUCGGACCCGCCCAUGUCCAAGAACGGUCGGCUCUUUUGGGCGCUCCGUGGCGCCGGCGGGGGCAACUUUGGCGUUGUGGUGGAGAUGAAGCUGAAAGUGCAGAAGCUCAGCAAUUACCAGAAAACGGUGGUAGCGGGCCGCUACACCUGGUACCCCAAGGGCGGCAUCACUGACGAGCUCGUCGAGGUCAUGAACGCCUUCUACGCCACGCUUUGGCCCAAAAAGCUAACUAUCGACAGCACGUGGGCUUGCGACCUGACCGACUCGUCCAACGAGGGCGGCGUGCGCUUCAACGUGGCGUUCGAUGGCCUCAAGAGGGAGUACAACGGGCUUAUCGACUCCUCCAUCGCGCACGAGGAGCUCAAGACGCAGCUUAAACGCCGCGUACUGCCGGAGCCGUCGACGCGCUUCCUAUACGAAACCCUCGUCGCCCAGUGGCUUGAGGAAAUGGAGCGCGCGUACCCCAGCAACAAAACGUACGAGCUGUACAGCUCUUUCGUGUUCACCAACUCGGACCCGGCCAAGCUGGCCACCAUCACGGGGCUCAUCCGCGGGCUCAUGACGGAAUUCCGCACCCAGUUCAAGGGUGAAAAGGUUACUUUCCUUGUUACCUGGAUUCAUUCGGGCGGGAAAGCGUCGGAACCGCGACCCGACGCCACGGCCUAUUUUUGGCGCGAAGCCGUGUUCCACGCCUACGUGACAGUCGAGUGGGUGGACAAGUGGAUGGAGCGGGAUAUGCGGGCGUUUCUAGCCAAGGUGAAGCGGGCACUGCGGCCGCAUUCGCUGGGCGAGGAGGCGGCGUUUAUCAAUUUCCCCGACCGGGACUUCCCCGGCAGGCUGCACGAGCGGGCGUACUUUGGGGACAACACCGAGGAGCUGAGGCGGAUCAAGCAGAUGUGGGACCCGGAGGGCUUCUUCAAGUGGCCGCAGGGCGUUAAAAGGCCCGGGGACCCGGAUGAGGAGGACGAGGAGGCCGACGAGGACGGCGAGGACCAGACGGAUCGACUGGCUUCGGAGCAGUGGGCCAAGCGGUGGAAGCACAACAAGCCGGCUGAUCUCGAGGCCGAGUUCGCCGACCUAGGAGAGCGGGGAUUUGACGAGGACGAGUAGGGCAGACACUGCAUUAGGUACCUACGUACGACAUUCAAGAGCUAUUCAUCCC